AUGGAAGAAGUAAUCGAGGAAUUCUACCGGUGUGGAUUAUGUGAGGAUACCAUAACAUUUCCAAAGAAACUCAAAUGUCAACAUGUCUUCUGCCAUACAUGUUUGGUAGUUUACAUCACAACGUACUUCGGUAAAGCCUCGUUUCCAUGUCCAGUAUGUGAAUAUAAACACUCGCCAGUGGAACAGGAAGUUGUGAUUUCCCAGAAUUCAUUACUAAUACCAGAAGAAGAUGCUCUUUUACGGGAUGUCAGUCGAUUUUUCAAAGACGAAACUGUCAACAAAAAUCUUGAUUCAAAGUUAGGAAAUAUAUUUCCAGACACUGCAGAGCAAGAAGAUGGAAUAAGGUCAUAUUACUCAGACCUAACAGAAAAGGUUGUAAAAUAUCUGAAAGAACAAGAAGAGAAAGUAAUAAAAAAGGCAAGAGAACUAAAAGAGAAGGAAAGAGCGCACUUGGAGCGUGAUGCUUUGAUUAGUACAAAGAUGAUUUCCUCUGUUAAAAUACGAAAACAACUUGCUGAUGCAUUGAAAGAACUUUAUACCACGAAUGCACCGGAAACCUUGGUAAUAUCGAAUCAUUUAAGAAAAGAUUUUAUAGUUUUCAAUGCAAUGUUGUCAGAACUACAAUCAGAUGUGGACACGAGGUACAAUGUUAGAUUCUUAAUCAACACUGAGGUGGAGGACAUACUGACUGAGGCAGAUAUUGUGAAGAUUGAAGUAAUCGAUUGCUGCCACGAAGAAGCUUCUGCUGUGACGUUCCAGGAAGAGACCGAGGCUGAUCAGCAGGAAUUAAAUGAGCAAGUCCCUGCUGAAGAUGACGGAAUAGCACCACCACCUUAUAUCAAUGUAGCCCGAAAUUCCUUCAUACAAAGACCAAGGCCUCCAGCAUCUGUCCCGUCACUGCCAGCCGAUAAUGACACACGUACAAGUCGGCGUCCUGCCCAACAUCCCGACAACCUUCAUCCAUUGUCACUCUCUCCUUUCCUGAAUCAUGGUGCGCAGUCACCGUGCUGUUCGCCAAGACCCCAGUUGCAACCGUCGGCACCACCUAUGUAUAGGGAUGGUUCCGCUCAGCAAAUCUCUUUUGCUGAGGCACGAAGUGACGCUUUGCCACGACAAGCCACCGUUGCACAACGUGACAAAAAAACAAUUUCUUCUGAUGCAACAAAUGUUGCGUUUAGAUAUAAAACAAAAAUAUCUACAAAAACUACAGGGGAUCGUUAUAAUCCUUCAUUGGUAGGUGUGGCGACACUCGGAGAAUACUUUAUCAUAGCGGACCAAAAAAACCAUCGUCUUAUGCGUAUCAGGAAUGAUAGCGUAGGGAACAUCGUCGAACAGUACGAAUGCACCGAGAUACCAUGGGAUGUUACUGGUAUAACACCAACGUUGUGCGCUGUGGCUGCUCCAAAAGCCGGAAGUAUACUCUUCGUGAAAUUCGCUCCCAUUCCAGGAUCCAAACCGGCUACACUUAAGAGAACAGUGAAAGUGGGCCAGUAUUUGAGUUUAGGGUAUUGUAAAACCAACCAGUGGCUUCUUGGUGGAAGAGGCCCUCCUUUCUCAGUAGCAAAGAUUGAUAUAUUAAAUUUGGUUGGAGACCUCAUGAAGUAUAUUGUUGUCGCAGAUUCUAUGGCAGUUCCGAGGAGCCUUAUUUUGUCAUCUUCCAGAUUUUUAAUAUUUUGUGAUGUACAUAACCAUGAUGUGAUGUUUACCGACAUCGAGAAGACCAUGAGGACACCCGUAUCUUUGCGGGAUAGUGCGAGUGAUCACAAAUCACUUACAGAUCCACAAGGAGUCAUUAAAGUUCCAGUGCUAAAUGACAGCUGUAUUACGUUUGACGCAUGGUCCGGGGACGGCUUCCUAACAUAUGAUUGUGGUUCCACAAAGUCAGUUAUAAAAGAGUUAAUCGAUUUGAAACGACAACCAGACAUUGACGCCGAAUAUUCGUUCGUAGUAAGCUCAGACCAGAAAACUCUGGCCGUAGCUCGCAAUGAAGGGACCGUCACGUUGUACGAUAUAAGAUACACGUGA